AUGUCAUCAGAGCUUGAAUCAUUGAGACAACGAGUUGCCAAACUUGAGGUAGAAAAUACCAAAUUAAAACAGAUCAUAGAAGAAAUUGCUAAUCUUAGGAUCGAAAAUACAAAACUAAAACAAAUUAUAAAGCAAAAUCGAACUGUUAAUGAUGCUUCGCAGUCUUCAAUUUCUCCGGCAUUAUCAGUAACUCCACAGAAGCCUAUUUCAUCAUCUAUUAAUGGUCACCCUGACAAGAGUGAUAGCACCAACUCUGUGAAUCUAAAACAGGCACAAAGUGAUACCCCUGAGAAAAUUAUUUCUCCCGAACAGAUAGAGAACACAUCUGAUAACGCGUCUAAUUCUGAUAUAUAUCAACCCAUAAUCAUAGAGACUAAAUCGUUGGAAGAUAAGGAAGUUGAUGAAUUUCUGGAUUCAAAAGAUAAGGAAAGGGUUAAUCCAUUUGAAUAUAAUGAUCUUUCUCAACCUGACAAAAACCAGAUUGUAGAACAAGAUUUGAAACAAGAACUAUCUGCCUCUCCAACUUCCAGAAAAAAUAUAAUUAGUAAUCAGAACUUGCUGGAUGGUGAAAAUCAGGUUACGGCACAAAGCAUAGUUUGUAUAUUUCGAAAAGCAAUUCAAUCUGGUUGGGAAGAAAUCUUGCAUUGGUGUCGCUAUAUAGAAAAGUAUAAUAAAAGAAUUAGUAAGAUUACUUCCAAUGGCAAAGUUAAGAUUAAAACAGCAAGAAGUUUGGUAUAUAAAGAAGUUAAACAGCUACUUCCUGAUAUUACAGAUGCGAAUCUGAGGCAGAAAACUCUUAGAGCUAGAAAAAUCUAUAAUCUUUUUAAUGGCAUAGGGAUAGAAAAAAUCGAGCAAAAUAUUAUAAAUCAUGUACUAUCAAAAACUGUAAAUAAAAUUCACGAUCCGAAUAAUUCUGAAGUAGGUGAAUCAACUGCUCCCUCUAUCCAAUCAUCUCAUACCUCUAAUUUAAAAGAUGAAAUAAGUAAGGAAGUUAAAUCUUUACCAGUAAGCAUAUCUAUGGAAUCUUAUGUUUCCGAUUCAUCUAGUUCGAAGCCAUCCCAAAAAAACAAUCCCGAAAUUAGCCACAAAGUGUCCUGUUCUGCAGAGGUAGAUGCAUCAUUCAAUCUAACUUAUGACCAUGCUUACUUUCGUAAUAAGACACUGUUGCAAUAUUCUGAUCUAUAUAAAGCAUUUAUUACUGAAAAAUUUGAUUAUUAUGGAAUUAUUGAGGGUUCAUUAUGCCCAGUAUGUAAACUAAAUCAUGAUGAGAAAAGUGUAAAAGGUAGAUAUGAGGCUGGAGCUUAUUUUAUUAUAUGUGGAAAGCAAGAAAUCAAAAUGACAGAAUAA